AUAGAAAGAAGAAGGCGAAGGAGAGGAAUAUGGUUAUGGUAGCAUAAGGAAAGCCAUCAUCAUUGAAGCCCUAAUCAAAGCAAAACGAAAAUCCCCAAUCCUGCGUUGUAUUGCGAGCCAUGAGAGGCGUUGUGAAAGCGUUUGCGAGGAAUCUGUUGUUCCAUGGAACGAACACUGAAUGCAGUCGCUCCUACAGUCUGAUCCCAAUGGUGAUAGAGCACUCUUCCCGAGGUGAGAGGGCAUACGACAUCUUCUCGCGCCUUCUGAAGGAGCGCAUUAUCUGCAUCAACGGGCCCAUCUCCGACGACACCGCUCACGUCGUCGUUGCGCAGCUCCUCUUCCUCGAAUCCGAAAACCCUUCCAAACCCAUCAACAUGUACCUCAAUUCCCCCGGUGGCGCCAUCUCCGCAGGGCUUGCUAUCUAUGAUACGAUGCAGUAUAUUCGGUCUCCGGUCAAUACAAUAUGUAUGGGUCAAGCUGCAUCCAUGGGUUCUCUUCUAUUGGCGGCGGGUGCCAAGGGGGAGAGGCGGUCUCUUCCAAAUGCGACAAUCAUGAUUCACCAGCCUUCUGGUGGUUAUAGUGGCCAGGCAAAGGAUAUUGCAAUUCACACCAAGCACAUUGUUCGGGUUUGGGAUUCUUUAAAUGAGUUGUAUUCCAAGCAUACGGGCCAGUCGGUUGAGGUUAUUCAGACAAAUAUGGACAGAGAUAACUUUAUGACUCCACAGGAGGCCAAAGAGUUUGGGCUCAUUGAUGAGGUUAUUGAUCAGAGACCUAUGGCUUUGGUUUCUGAUGCUGUUGGUAACGAAGGCAAAGAUAAAGGUUCCAAUUAGAACCAGAUGGAGGAGAAUAAGAAGAAGGAGAAGGAGAACUUAAUUCGGAUCCAAAGGAUAAGGGCAUGAGAACCCUCGGGGGAAUUGGCCUGAGAAAUGGAAGGGGAAGAGGAUGAGAGUUUGUUGUUGUCGUUGAUGCUUUUGGUUUCGGACAGUAAUCUGAGAACUGCAAAGGAGGAACAGGUGGUGAUGCGGUUUUGACCUGAUUUGUGUGCCACAGCAUGUGUGUAGUGUUGCUCCAAUGCGACCUUUAGGAACGCCUUUCUCCCACGUCAUGGAACCAUUGCGGGAAAGCCCUUCACCUUAGACCCGCCGAAGCCCAUGUUAGUGACCUGAGAUCAAAGAGUUAUCGUUGUCCAUGCCGGAGAACAUGCUUCACUGUCGCACUCGCUUAUCAUCACAAUGUCACCAUAAUGAACGAAGAAGUUGUUGUGGUUUGCUUUUAACAUGCCUCUCUCUAUAGCAUCUAAUUAAUCUUCAACCAUUGCGGGGAAGUCCUCCACCUUAGACCCGCCGUAGCUCAUGUUAGUGACUUGAGAUCAGAGAGUUGUUGCUGCCCAUGCUGGAGAACAUGCUUCACUGUCGCACUCACUCAUCAUCACAAUGUCACAUAAUGAACGAAGGAGUUGUUGUGGUUUGUUUUUAAUAUGUCUCUGUAUCAUUUAAUUAAUCUUCUCUGCAUUUUGUUGGUGGUGGUGUUUGAAGCAAAAUCGUUGAGAAUCUUGGUGUUUUUCUUCCUCCUUUGUCUUUCUUUGUGCUUGUUUUUCUUCCCCUUUUAAAGCUGCUCAACAAUAGGAGCAAAAUCUUGGAUUACGUUUCAAGGUAGGGAUUGAGGCUUCAAUGGGGUAAUUGUAAUAAUUUUUUAUGGAAAUUUUUGUUGCUACCUUGAGUGAAUGUUAAUGUUGAUUUUUGUUUGUGUGCA